AUGCCGCUGUGGUCGCGCAGCUCGCCGCAAGCUCCGCCAGACUCGGCCCGCUCCCCCUCGUCGUCCUCGACCCACACGGACCGCGGCGAGGCGUCACCCCCACCGCCCGGCUUCCUCGCCAACCACCACCGCCGCAGCUCGUCCAACCUCGACACGGCCCGCACCCGCUCCGUGUCCGGUCCAGCCUCGCCCGGCCGCACCUCGUCCUCGUCCGCCGCGUCCAAGCCCCAGCCGCACAAGACCGGCCGCAACCAGCGCGCCCUCGUCGCCGCCCAGGCCGACGAGCUCGGCGCAGACGACGAGCCGUGGGACACCAACUCGGACGACGAGCCAGAGUCGACCCUCGUCGCCCGCAUCUCGGGCGUCUCGCUCCACAUUCCCUCGUCCACCGGCGCCCUCCCCACCUCGACCUCUGCCGCCGCGCCCUCGCCCACUUCCCCUACCUCGGCCACGACCCCGUCGUCGUCCUCGUGGUCCUUCAACCCGUUCGGCGGCGCGCGCGUCCCGCCCGCACCGACCCGCACCGCCUCGAGUUCGUCGUCCCUCUCGGCCGCCGAAGCCGUCGCCGCCGCGCUCAGCGGCCGUGCGCGCCCGAGCCCCGGGCCCUUGCCGCAGCCGCAGCGCGCGGCGAGCUACCUCGCGGGCGCGAGUCGUGUCCAGGAGGAGGCGGACAAGGUCGUGCGCGCCGAGGAGAAGCGCAGGAGCCUCGAGCGGCGGUCGUCGGAGCUCGGUGCGGGCGAGGUCGUCGAUGAGCCCGAGAAGAUGGCGCCGGCGAGUGAGGCGGCGGUCGCAGAGGACAAGGAGGCGUCGAAGCAGGCCGAGCGGGAACGAGAAGAGCGAGGAGAAGGGUGGGCAAAGGAGCAGUGCCGGCGGGCGAUCCGGCGAGACGUCGACGACCUCGUCAAGGACCCGGCGCACGUUCUCGACCGACUCAAGACCACCUGGUUCGCCCCACCACCAGCUCCUCCCGUGGCCGCUUCCUCUGCCGCUCACCGCGCCUCGAUCUCGUCCGUCGUCGACGCGUCGCCCAACCCGAACGGCGCCGCCUCGGACGACGACGACGACGACCCGACGCGUGGCUACGUCCAGCUCGACGCGCCGGCCCUGUCGUCGACCGACCCGUCCAUCGUCGAGUUUGACGCGCCGCCGCCCAACCCGGACGACGAGGGCGAGCGCGGGCGCGAGAAGCGCCGCAGGCGCAAAUUCCUCGACGUGCUCGAGAGCGACAAUGUCGACCUCGGCGAGUUGAGGAAGCUCGCAUGGAGCGGUGUCCCCGACGAGCUGAGGACCAUGGUGUGGCAGUUGCUCCUCGGCUACCUCCCGGCACCCCUCUCUCGACGCGCCACGACCCUCGCCCGCAAGCGCUCCGAGUACGCCCAGCUCGUGCGCCAGGCCUUCUCGCGCGGCGUCACCGGCCUCGACGGGCCCAUUUGGCACCAGAUCAGCAUCGACGUGCCCCGCACGCGGCCGGGCGUCAAGUUGUGGAUGGCCGAGCCGACGCAGCGCAGCUUGGAGCGGGUCCUGUACGUAUGGGCGAUCCGGCACCCGGCGAGCGGCUACGUCCAGGGCAUCAACGACCUCGUCACGCCGUUCUUCCAGGUCUUCCUCCAGAGCUACAUCGACGCCGACCCGGAAACUUUCGACGUGUCGACGCUCGCGCCCUCGGUCCUCGAAGCCCUCGAGGCCGACUCGUUCUGGUGCCUGUCCAAGCUCCUCGACGGCAUCCAGGACAACUACAUCUUUGCCCAGCCGGGCAUCCAGCGCCUCGUCAAGAAGAUGGACGGUCUGUGCGCGCGCGUCGAUGCGCCGCUCGCCGCGCACCUCAAGGAGCAAGGCGUCGAGUUCAUCCAGUUUGCGUUCCGGUGGAUGAACUGCCUCCUCAUGCGCGAGUUGAGCGUGAAGAACAUCGUGCGCAUGUGGGACACGUACCUCGCCGAGGGCGGCGACGCCUUUUCUGAGUUCCACCUGUACGUGUGCUUGGCGUUCCUCGUGCGGUGGAGCGACACGCUGCGCGAGAUGGACUUUCAGUCCAUCAUCAUCUUCCUGCAGUCGCUACCGACGCAAGACUGGACCGACAAGGACACGGAGCUGCUCCUGAGCGAGGCUUUCCUGUGGAGCCGAACGUUCCAGGCGCGAUGAUGCCGGACUCGCCCUCGUGUAGACAGUCUUGCAUAGUCUCUGCAACUCUAGCACUCGUCGAGAUG